ACAUUCAAAAUAAUUCGAACGUUAUCUCAUUCUGUUCUCCCAUCCCAACCAACCGAACAGAGAAGAGUCUCAGAAAAUGGUUAGGGAAGAACCGAGUCAAAGUCCCCAAGACCCAAAACAAACUAACCCAGUCACUGGAAAUGGCCAAAAUGGUGAGAGUCUGUUCAGCCCCAGAUUCAAAUCUGUGGCUGCCAUGGCUGGUUGGGACGAGGAGGCCAUUCUUGUUGCCGCCCUUGUUGUCGAAGACACGCCUGUUCGGGAGUCUAAGCACAAGAAACGAUCUGAUCCGUUAUUCAAGUCUCCGCACUCCAGUUCACGAAGGAAACGUAGAGCUCCAAGAAGGAGUCCAGUGUCGAUUCCUCUGCCCGUUUUAGACCUUGAUGAAGAAGAAAGUGCCAAAGAAGAGAAAGAGAUUCAGAAUGUAGAAUUGAAAGAGAAGACAACGAAAGAGGAGAAGAAAAUAAAUGAAGAUGAAUUGAGUGAACAGAGCUCUAAAGUUUCUUGCUCAAAUUCGGUUCUCCCAUGCAUGGAUAAACUGAGGGAAGAACUUUCUUGUGCGAUAUGUCUGGAGAUUUGCUUUGAACCUAGUACCACAACUUGUGGACACAGUUUCUGUAAGAAAUGUUUGAGAUCUGCUGCUGAUAAAUGUGGGAGGAAGUGUCCAAAGUGCAGGCAGCUAAUUAGCAAUGGAAGAUCUUGCACUGUGAACACAGUUCUUUGGAACACAAUUCAGCUUCUGUUUCCCCGAGAGGUUGAAGCAAGAAAGGCUGCUGGAGCUUUAAAUAGCCAAGAAGCUGAUCAUGAAAAACUACAAAGAGGGAUUCAGAAUAAUGUCAGGACUCGAAAUUUGAGACCUUCAACUGUAUCAAACAGGGAUUCAAGUACAAGAAGAAGAGAGAUAUCAAGCCAAGAUGAGGGUGAGGAUGCUGAAUUAACUCAAGAGUUGUUGAGAGAAAAUGGUUCAUUAAGAUUUUAUAAUAAUAUAAGGACACGUGCAUCAAGUAUGAGGAGGAGCAUAGCAAACCAAGAUGAAGUGGCCGCAUUAGCUCUACGAAUGGAAAGGGAAAAUCUUGCACGACUAGUAAGUAGAAAUGCAAGUGUAAGAAGGAGAAACACAAGAAGCCAAGAUGAUGGAGAUGCUGCAUUAGCUCUAAGAUUGCAAAGAGAAGAGUUCAUGGAGGCCUCUAGAGGAACUGAUGAGCAGUCUGGCAGAUCUAUUUACUUGGCUAGAGCAAACUUGAGAGCCAUGGCAUCCAGAGCAUUUAAUAACCGAAUGAGAGGCCGCCUAUCAUAGAUCAAGGACACCCCUUCCACAAUUGGACAAGCUCAUCCUUCAAUCAUCUUGUAGAAAAUAUAUGCUAGAAAAAUGUCUGUCAAACUCAUCUCGUUGUUGUAGCUUAAUGUUUAGGAGUGUAAAGAAAAACGUAUGAGCAAAUGACGUUUGCUUUUGAGGUAGAGAAUGUGACUUCUGCUAAAUUUAUGACUCAAGUUUUUGGCCUUUUGAUUGAA